AUGUUACGGAUACUUUUAAAUCGAGGAAUCUUAAAGAAUGGAUCAGUUAUUCGUUUUUUAGCGACCAAGGCCAAGAGACCUGAGCCGAAGUUCACCCAAAGUGCUGCUUUUCAAGUUUGUAAUCAAUUUAUCAGUAAAUUUUUGCAAAUUUCGUUUAAAAAAAGAUGUUUCGAAGCUACUAGAAACUAUUUUUCAAUUGAACUUUUCGGAAAAAUAAAAAAAUUUUUUUCAAGUGUUUUUUGAUAGGAUUGAAGUUCGGCUACGAAAAAUUCAAACAAAAAAAGGAUUAAGUUAUUAUUUUUCAGGGCAAAGGUCGACAAUUUGGUUUGCCAAACACGGAAAUUGGCUACGAAUCCACCGAUUCCUAUAAUAACAAGAAAAUUUUCUCGGCCCUUGGCAGUUUACUUGCGUUAAUUGUGUAUUUUGGGUGGUUGAGGUUCGUUUUUUUUUUUGGUUAUUCUGUGCUUGAAUUAGUUUCGGCGAUUUUGAAAUUGACGCGUUAUUUGCUUUGAAUGAUUUGGCGAAACAGGGAAAUUUAGAAUCUUUAAAAAAUGUGUUCCUACAACGAUUGGUGACUUUCACGCGCUAAUUUAAAAUUUCCAUUCAAAAUGCCCGAACAAAAUUUAGGAUUUCGCGCGUGAAAGUCUUGUUGUAGGUCUCAAGUUUUUAACGGCUCUAGUGUUUUUAAUUUUUUUAACGAAAUAAUUCAAAAAAAGUGAAAAAGUCAAUUUUGAAAUCUUCAAUUUUUACUUUGAAGAUGACAUUAGCUUUGAGAAUUUUUGAUUCAGAGAACCUUCAGAUUUUGGAUGAGAUUUGGAGCACACCGCCGCAUAUUCUCACCGCGAAUUUAGAGCGACGGAUGCUCAGAGAGCAAAUUAAGGAGGUUCGAUUUUUGCAUUUUGGAUUAAUUUCUGUUUUUAUUUAUCGUGAGAAUUAAAUAAAAAAAUAUUAGAAGAUAACUUGCUCAGAAAAUAUGCUUCCACUGAGCAUCCGGAUUCGAAUUCCGUUACACUUUUUUUCUAAUUAUUUUUUUUUCUUUCAUUUCUUUCAGUCUCUGAGCUUCAUUUUCAAGAAAGGUUACUUAUUAAAGUUUGAUUUGAUGUAGCAGAUAAAUGGCUUAAAAGUGUCAGCCUGCAAAACUUCAUUUUUUAAGAAAUAGGGUCCUAGGAUGACCCAUUUUGUAAUUUUCUAUGCUUUUUUUUUUUACGAUUCCUAUGGUUUCUUUUUCUUGUUAGAUAGUUUAACGAUAAAAGUUGGAAAAUCGUGGAAUUUAAGCGGGAAACUCGGAAAAAAAACUUCAAGGUGUUCGACACGAAAAAUUACAUAGGUUAUUGUAGGCUGGGCUAGUUUUGGAAAUAGUUGUCUCAACUUGUAUUUCUUUUCUGAACUUCAAUUUUUUGGAAGUUUUGAAUUUUUAUGUGGCAUAACUAUCAUUGAAGAACGGGUGAAAAUCAUUUUCUAAAAAAGUCAAUUCAAAAUAAUCCAUUCAAGGCCUAGAAGUUGUGGAUUUUGUUGAAAAAAGAGCUGAGACCUUCCCGGAGACCUUCUAAAACUUCGCCUAUGACUUUUUCGACACCUAAGCAAGCUAAUAACCAGAAAAUAAAACUCAAAUAAAGUAAGAAUCAAAAUUUCUAGGCUGAGAAGAAAGGCCUGUCGACGGCGCUAUUAAAGGCGCAGCUGGAAUACGUCGACGUCAAGGAGGAAGCCCUUCGGAUCCAGUUCGAGCAGCGGAAAGACGCAGAGGAGAAGAAGAAAGCCCGCAAUCGUGCCGAGACCCGGGAAGUCGCCUCGGCCGUCGUCUCCUCGAUUUGA